CUUGUCCAAUGUCCAGACCCGCGCGUUACUUUCCAGGAAAGAAUCUAGACAGGUCUGAGUCAUCAGGCUCAGAGUCUGAGGAAGAACAUUCUGGUGACGGCACAACUACUGGUGGCUUAGGUACUGAUAACAUUGUUGAAGCUCCAGGAAUAGUUGAUGGCACAAUUGGAAAUCCUCCAAGAAAUACCUUUUCUCGGGGGGGUUCCAUAACCACUAAUCCCGUGGUCAUCCCCAGCGAAUCCUCUGAAGAGGGUUCGGACGAUGAGGAUGACUCCGACGAUGAGGACGACUCUGACGACUCCGGUUCAGACUCUCAACUUCUCAGGCCAGUUUUUAUCUCCAAAACCAAACGAGCAGGUGCCAACCCCGGAACCACAGACUCGGCCAAGGAGCGGACACUCGAGGCAAUUGAACACGAUAUCAGGCAGAGCAUCAUACAGGCCAGGGAAAACCUCAAGGAUGUCACAGAAGGGGUGGAUGACACCGAUGACUUGGACCCCGAGGCGGAACGUGCUGAGUGGAAGAUCCGAGAGCUUGGGCGUAUUCAACGUGAAAGACAGAUGCUAGAGGAGGCCGAAUUGGAGCGAGAAGAGUUGGAACGCCGGCGUGAGAUGACAGAAGAGGAGAAGCUAAAGGAGUUUGAGGCGAAGCAGGAGGCACUGGAAAUAUUGAAGGAAAAGGUGGUGGAGGUGGAUGGUGAGACUAAGAGACCGUAUCACAAGGGGGCAUUCUAUCAGGAUCAGGAUAUCAUUAAAAAUAGGGAUUAUAAAUAGUGGGCUACACAAAAGAGGGAGAACUCAUGGUUAGACCCGACUAUCCAAAGAUGUGAGCUGUACCAGAGGUUUGAGAUUGCUGGAAUGGUUGCUAUAGCUUUUGCUUCCUCUAACCUCUGCUUGGUUAUAAGUCACAAUACCAGCUAUUGGUUAUUUUAUAAUUAGUCUAUUAUGGUUGGCUGGGUCAACGGUCAAAUCCAUCGGAGUCGAAAACCUUGGCAAUUACAUGGCUUUCUCCUAUCGGUUCUAGAAAGUAGUUUCUGUUGUGUAUGGGCUCUUUGAUACUAUCAAUCGGUAACGCCAUGCAGUUUAAGAUAUGCAAAUGGCCUGUCUCUCAGCAGAAAUUGGCUUGCCUCGUAGCAUAUAAUUCAUUAUUACUGGA